AUGUGUCAGGCAGUGUCUUCAACGUCUCACACUCAUUAUUAGCGUCUUCAGAAACGAAGCUUCGGGUCCAUCCAGACUGGGAGCUAAACGUUCCCAUGGCAGUUAAGGAGGCUGCUGGGCUGCUGACCAAAGGCGAGGCCAGACUGACAGCCUGCUGCUUUUUCCCAGAGGUGUCAAAGUUACGAGUGUGACAUGUAAUCAUAAAACCUUGCUGACAAAAACAAAGGAGCGACGCUUUGGCUGAGAGUCCUUUUUUCCAAAUGGAGGCAGAGCGACUGGAGUCAAGUUUAUGGGUCGGGAAUAAAAGAUACCGGGCUGUCCUGACUGGCUGGCAUUUCAACUGGACCGAAGUAGAUAAGAAGAAUCGCGAUAAGAAAACAAUUUCAGUACCUGUGGCGGAGGUCGUUGGGGUGGAAGAGGGCCGAGUGGAGAUCCUGCCUCAGAAGGUGGUCGAAGACACAGACAAGGACUUCACAGUGUUCUACGUGAAGCGCAGCAGCAGCGGGGGCUCGUCAGGGUUGCUAUGGAGACUGGGCCGGACCCAGUUCAGUUGUCCUGGUCGGGUCCUCCGGGACCAGUGGACGAAGCACCUUAGAGCUGCUCUCAAAACACACAGUCCAUUACGUCCUCAUAAACUGCUGGUGUUCAUCAACCCCUUUGGAGGAAAGAAGAAGGGAAGAGCGAUCUAUCACUCUGUGGUGGCCCCUCUGUUUGAGCUGGCUGGUAUCAGCUCUCAUGUAAUAGUGACUGAGCGGGCGAACCAGGCCAGAGACCACCUCCUCAAGAAAGACCUGACAGGCUUUGACGGCGUGGUGUGCGUGGGCGGCGACGGCAUGUUCAGCGAGAUCCUUCACGGCGUGAUCGGGCGGACGCAGCAGGAGGCCGGCCUCUGCGAGAACGACCCCGCCGUCGCCCUGCAGCCGUGCUCGCUUCACAUCGGCAUCAUCCCUGCAGGCUCCACAGACUGCGUGUGCUACGCCACGGUGGGCGCCAUCGACCCUUUGACGUCAGCUUUGCACAUCGUCAUCGGGGACUCGCAGCCCUUGGACGUGUGCUCGGUUCAUGACGCGGCGGCCCUGGUGCGCUACUCCGUGUCCAUGCUGGGCUACGGCUUCUACGGGGACGUGCUGGCUGAGAGCGAGAAACACCGCUGGAUGGGCCCCCUCAGAUACGACUACUCGGGCACCAUGGUGUACCUGAGCAACAGAAGCUACGCGGGCGUAGUUCAGUACCUGCCGGCCGACCCGCUGCUCUCCAGCCCCAGAGACAAGACACGCUGCCUCUCAGGGUGCAGCGUGUGCUCGAGGAGCACGGAGAGACUCUUCCACAGCUUUUCCGACUCGGGCUCCCUGUACAGCUCCCACUUCAGCGAGUUCAGCAGCGACUCGGAAGGUGACUGGGUGAGUGUGGAGGGCAGGUUCAGGUGUGUGUCCCUCACUUGCAUGUCCAGCUCAUGUCCCAGGAGUCCUUACGGCCUCUCGCCCUCCGCUCACCUGGCGGACGGAACUGGGGACCUCAUCCUGGUGUGGGAAACCAACCCGCUGGGCUUCCUCAAGUUCCUCUACAGGCACACGAGCACACAGGACCAGUUUGACCUGCCCUUUGUGGAGGUGCACCGUGUGAAGGCCGUCCGUUUCUGCCUCCCCUCUAGCAAAGAGGAGGAAAGCCACGGGGAGACGGGCGGCGGCGCGGAUGAAGAGGAGCGGGGCUACGGCGCGGCCGGGAGCCGGGCCGGUUCCCAGCAGCACCUGGCCGACGGCGCCGCGGGGCCGGAGAAGCCGGGCGGCGCCUUCCUGUGCGGCCUGUGCCGCAGCGCGGCGCCCGCCGCGUCCGUGUGGAACUGCGACGGAGAGAUCCUGCCUGUCACCGAGAUCCUGUGCAGGGUUCACGGGCAGCUGGUGCGACUGUACGCCCGGGGCAUCGAGGACGCAGCAGCGCUGCACGGCUGCAGCGAGGACUGCGACGAGUGUGAGCGGAGGUGCAUCUUUAACAAGUAGCCUCCACCGAGCCACGGAUUCAAAGCAACUGCGGGACGUUUAGAUGCAAUUUCAGGUUUUCUCUUUGCAAUAAUGUAAAAACAUAGCUAUUUAUUCUAAAUCAGUGUUUCUUUUGUUGGAUCUGUGUCCUUGAAAGCAAAAUAAAGAACUUGCCAAGUAACAAGUAA